AGUAUUUUAUCUAUGAGAUGUGUUCCGGUGAGAUUGCGGCAGAUUGGUUUAACGUCAAAAUGGUCUGAUGUGGAUUGGGUCGCAGCGCCCGGAGCAAAGUGACUCGCCUCGCAUCAGAGAUGUGCCACUCUUCAUCACUGCAUCGCGUGCUGACCUGUGUUGGGCGUCCUCGUUUCUGGAGUCAACUGGAUUUUUGUUUUGAGAAAGAAACUGAUGGAAAUGCAUCAUUUAAUCCACAGAUACGGUUACAUUCAGUGGCAAAAAUAAUAGCCAAAAUGUCAUUAUUUCCCCUUGAAAUUUGAUGAUUCCCUACGAUUGUGACAGCACAUCCGCGUUAGAAAAAGAUCUAUAACAUUCAAUUAUUGUGCCUUCAGACGGCAAAUUGGGUCUCUAACAACAUAACAUCAUCCCAACAUGUUCCCUGAGAGUCGAGUAUUUUUAUAACCGGAGCUUGACAAAAGAAAGACCCACAAUGGAUUCCUUUUGUAUGAUUCGAUAACUGAUAAUCUCCCAUAAAGAGCCACUUAAGAGUAUAUUCUCGACGACUCUCUAUGCAUUUUUACAGUCUAUUUUUAGAAGCGUAUAGAACCUAACAUUGUCCUCCAGACAAUACCCUGGUGUACCUCCCACUGAAGCCAGUUAUCCGUCCUAUUUUAUCUCAGCACUGAUGGUGUAAAAAUCCUGCAUGGCACUAGCUUUUUUUCAGAUAAAUUGAAGUUGCUCUCAAACAGCUGUGGCUGUCAGGCGCUUGCUUGAGUAACAGAUUUCUUCUCCUGUGGCGACAUACUUCAAUGCCAGUGUAUCACAAUUUUUGACUGCUAAAUAUUUAGAGAUCAAGCAAUUUUUGUAGUAUGAAGGGUAACAAUCGUAAAAGGAUAAGUUUAAUCAAAAUGUCAAAAUUGGCAAAAAAGAAUAUCAAAAGAAGAAGAAUUACCUCAAAUUGCAACAAAAAAUACUUCCCAGUGGAAGUGGGUGCUUUGUGUUGACACUCUAUAUAAACAAGCGACAAGCCUAUCCCAUGGGUCCUUGUAUUGGGGUCCAUCUCAUGGUUAAUCAUUCCACUCCCAACACACAUCUGGUUUAUGCGAACAUUUUUUCACAGAAGGCUGAAGAGUCAUAAGCUAAAAUUGACUACCGUAAUUUCCCGAAUAUAAGGCGCACCCGUGUAUAAUGCGCACCCAAAAUGUACUUGUAAAAUCUAGGGAAAAUUAUUGUACCCGUUUAUAACGCGCACCCUAAUUUUAGCACCAAUAAUUAGAAGAAUACAAGAAAACAGAGCUCGUGUACAGAUACAGAAAUGUCAUUUUACUGACUGGUGAAACCCAGCACAAGCAUAGCACAUUGGUAGUUUAAAAAAUUACCGUAAACUGACAAUAUAUACGGUAAUAACAUGAUCUGACAACUUCAUCAACCAGAAUCCAGGAGAAAACAAAACAGAUGUGACUUUUCUUUUAAAGGCUGCUGUAUAACUUGCUCGUUUCAUAAUGAUGAAUAAAUGUUUCUUCCAUGGAUUGAUACGGUAAAAUAAAAGUGGUGAUUUAGGUCGGAAAUCAGAAGAGCGCCUCGCUGUUGACCAGGCCGCGGAUCGGUACCGGUCCGUGGCGCAUUUGGUACCGGGCCGCGCAGAAAUAAUAAAUAAUUUAUUAAUGACUGCAUUCUGGCCAAUUGACUUUGGCCUGUGCUGCUUAACACACCAAUAUCCCUGUCUCCUCUAGAUUUACAACUACAGGAUAGGAGGUCGUCAUAGAAAUGCAUUGAUUGGGAUGUUAGCACCAAAUCUCGUUCUGUAUAUCUAUGCGCGCUUGGACUCGAUAAUAACGUAUGACGUAGGUCGUCGCCAAUCACAUUUCUUCCCGGAAAUAAUUAGCCCCCACACCAGAAUGACUGAAUAACAGACGUCUUUGGACAGACUUUUUACGGGGAAAAGGGAACCUGACGAGCCAGAAGAUGUGCCUACAACCUCGAAGAAAACAAAAUUUAUGCUACUUCCCAAUGACUAAAGACCCACGAACUGCGAAGGAGUGAAUUUGUGACCCGUAUGUGAAUAAACCGAGUGAUUGGAGCAUGUCUGUGCAACAGGAAUAUCAGCUUGUAGAGAUUGCAAAUCACGGCGACCUUAAACGUACAUUUGAGACAACAACUCUACCGAAGUUCUGGAUUAAAGUCAUUUCGGAAUAUCCUGACAUCGCUAGGAGCGCGCUGAAAACUGUGCUACAAUUUCCAACAUCGUGUAUUUGUGAUGCUAGCUUCUCUCACGCUCCCAUCUCGGGACCAUCUCGUCUCAACGAAACAAACUCAGGCCUCCCACUGAUUCAGCGGUCCAGGAUGAUGCUGCCCCAGGUACCCAGGAGUACAUUAUGUUACGGCAGGACUCCAUCCACUCUGCGGAUAUAAGGAGUAAAGGAUCCCCCUUUCGUGCUAAGUGUCACGAAAUCUUCUGCUGCCCGCUGAAGCAAGCCGUCCACAAAGAGAACGCUGAGCCCGAAGAGCCCCAGCUGAAGGGGAUUGUGACCAAGCUGUACAGUCGGCAGGGUUUCCAUCUCCAGCUGCAGGCAGAUGGAACCAUUGAUGGAACCAAGGAGGAGGACAACGGCUACACCAUGUUCAACCUUAUUCCCGUGGGUCUGCGCGUGGUGGCCAUCCAGGGGGUGCAGACCAAACUCUAUCUGGCUAUGAACAGUGAGGGCUUCCUGUACACGUCGGAACACUUCACGCCGGAAUGCAAAUUCAAGGAGUCAGUGUUCGAGAACUACUAUGUGACGUACUCCUCCAUGAUAUACCGCCAGCAGCAGUCAGGCAGGGGCUGGUACCUCGGUCUGAACAAGGAGGGAGAAAUAAUGAAGGGCAACCAUGUCAAGAAGAACAAGCCGGCAGCCCACUUCCUUCCAAAACCUCUAAAGGUGGCGAUGUACAGAGAGCCAUCCCUCCACGACCUCACGGAAUUCUCCCGCUCCGGUAGCGGUACGCCCACCAAGAGUCGGAGCGCCUCGGCCAUGCUGAACGGCGGCAAAGCUGUGAGCCAGAAUGAGUCGACGUAGCGCCACCCGCCAGAAUUCAACCUUGAAACCUUACCUCCAGCAGAGCGCGAAUCCAAGCAGACCCUCUCUUGUAACAGCGGUUCGGCACUUGCUGCAACAUACUACGCAUUAACACCUAGAAAGCAUCAAUAACUACAAUUACAAAAACACACUAAUAGGCAUUUAUCAUGAUUUCCAACGCACAACAUUAACAAGACAUCAUGGCACAUUAAUAACUCAUCUGGACAAGUUUAGUCACUGAUUUACCACGUGAUCACUCAACUCUUAGCUAUUUUUUUGCUGAUGAUUUUUCUCAUUUUCUGUGCACAAUAACAGUUCUGAGUUCAUCUUAACUACAAGCACUUGUGUGUCCGUCAGACAGGGACGGGAAGUGAGUUAGUGGGCAUUCAGGGCAGCAGAUGUGGGUCUUGGAGGCUGCAAGGAUACAGUAAAAGCCUUGAUCUCUGUCAUCCAUGCUUCUGUGAAUACAAAGCCUAUAAACUCCCCGGCAUAGGCCGAUCUGGUUAUGCCGGCCAGACUGUAGCUCUUCUUUUGUCCUAGCGCACAUGCAUGGGGAAAGCGAGCCUACGCUCAUCUGGCCUGAUGUGAGGUCUGAGUGUAGAAGCUCUUUUAACUUUGUUUCCCUUCUAUGAGACGCCACAGCUGUCCUUCUUUUUGCUAAUUUCCGAAUUAGCCAAGAACCUUUCAUUUGGUUUAUCUGCUAGUUUUUGGUAAUCCCCUCUUGUUGUCCUCCCCUGCCAUUGUUUAGUAUUUUGGUCGCAAAGGGGUUCCAGCAAACCAAAGACCGAAUGAAAGAGUGUCCCUUUAAGCCAAGGAAGCCAAUUUAAAGGCAAGGCUUGAUGUUUUUUCUUCCCCUAAUGUACAUUUUUGAUAAACCCAGCAGAGGAAAUGAUGUCAGUCAAAUUGGAGUGUUCGAUGUUUUUCGAGGGGAUCCGCUUGACGACCGACGUACGAAACGACAUCCCCUUCCCUUUCUUGUUCUGUCAUAAAGUCUGUCUCUCGUCUUCGUGGUUUUUUCCUCCGUGAUCGUGUCAUUACUCCUCCUCGUCAUCCUUUUUGGUCGACUUCUUUUGACCGACAAUAGAAAUAUGGCUUCCCAGGAUGCUCGUUAUAUGUUUGAGUAACUUGUUGUGGUGAUAUUUUCUAUAUUUAAAAUAAAAAAAGAAUACUGUGGACUUUUAGGUGGCUUAACAUUUUAUAGGGAUGUCAUAUUUGUAAAAGUAUUUAAAAAAAAAAAAAAAAAAAAAGAAUGAAAAUAAGGGUGGGCUUCAUAAAUAAACAUCUUUCCUCUCUUGCACAGGGCAUGUACAAACACGAUGUACAAAAAAAGGGCACAUUUUGUGUCCAUUGAAGCGCCGUAUGGCUUCUUUCUGGUACAUGCUUUUUGCGGGACUUUUUGUUCUGGGUGCCCUCGAGAUUUGUAUUAGGUGAAUCUUUCUGUUGCAUGGGAGGACGCAGGGGACUUCUAGUCUUCAGCUGCAUGACGUAGGCUGUAUGUAAUUAACCCAUGUUGGAUCAUAUGUUCCAAGCUACCAGGAUAAACUUAAACAACAUUAUGCAGGCAGACAUCCAGGAUGCCUGAUGACUUCCAGUUGUUUAUUAUUUGUUGUAUACACAAAAAUGCACUGAAUAAAAGGUUUAUAUUAAGAUAUAAUUUUAAAAUGUGUCACUGUUUCUUCUUUUGUUUCCUUACCUUUUUCGUUUUGACAGUGGAGGCUACAGUAUAUUUUCAUUGAUUGCGGUCUAUUGUUGUCAGAGAGCUUGUCUUCGUUUUGUCCGCCGACAUUAAGUUUUAAGGCUGUUCAGGAACUAUAUGAAGCCCUCAGCUCACAUAUCAAAUCCCAAGUAUCUUAGGUCGGAGACAUCUAAUGUUCAAUAAGCAUAACUGCUGUGCUAAGCUGUGACCAGCCCUUGUACAUUGACAGAAGGUGGAAGGCUUCUACAUUCGCUUUGAGGGAAACAUCCAUAUUGGGUCAAAACCGAUAAUGAAAAGCCGAUAUUAUCGAAGUCAUUUUAAAAUGCUUUUAUGGGCCGAUAUUAAUCGGCUACUCAAUAAUAUAGGACAACUCCAUCUCCAUAUUUCCAUGUAAAUUCAAUAUUGGAAUUUUAAAAAUCGCACAGGGUUUAGAUACUGUUCCUCCCACUAUCCUUCCAGAUGCAUGAAUUUCCCACCUGUUGAAGCAUCGUAUUGCUGCCAAACCACGUAAUUGCUGAUUAAUCGACCCCAAAGUUAUAAUAGUCUCUGCGGACUCGUAAAAGUUAGCAAUAAAAAAUUGCAGUUAACAGUGCAAUACACAUCUUUAACUUUUUUUUUUUUUUUAAAUAACUUUAUUUUGUGACAUUUAUUCCACAAGAGACCAAGUGUUAACAAGGCUGUUAAAGACAGGAAGAAAAGAAUAUACACUGAAGGUUACAUGACUGCUGGCUCACAUUCAAAGCAGUAAGACACCAGCGUCACCAAACACUUGUUCAGGCAUUUUAUGAUAGCUCCUUGAAAGUUAUUAAUACUAUUAAGAAUUCCUGCUGAUUCCCAAAUUCUCACCUUGUGUUCUAUGCCAUUACAGUAAGUGAGCCCUUUUUCAAUGCAUUGCAAUAACAUCUCCAAGUGACAGAGUUGCUCACUGUCUAGUAUUAUGAUGAGGAGAAUUACACUUGAGUGUUACUAAAAACCAUUUUAUAAGUGAAGAGAAGGGAUGUUGUAGAGACAAAGCAGGAAAUAUAAACGAGGAGGUAAGGUUUUGCUAAUAAGGUCAGCUCUCGCUUUCGGCCUGUCUACAUGUUGAAUUGCACUUUCACUAAUUAGGCAUUUUGUUCAUGAUUAGUAUCCUAAGGUGGACAGCCACUCUGAAAAAGGCUGUCACAAUGGGAUUCAGAAAGAAAGUAUAUCGAGGGAAUCAACUGAAAAAUACUGAGGGCUUUAGAAAGUUUGAAUAAAGACAUCUCAUGCAUGUUGGUGAUUCAUUAAUCUUUAAUAUAACAUUUAAAAGCAUUGCAAUGUGUCCCUAGAUUUUCUAGAUUUGGUUUAUUCACCCGCAGAGAAAAUGGUGGUGUAGUGGUUUGCAUACAGUGUAUUCUGGCUUUCUCCCACAUUCUAAAAACGUGUGGUGCACGUAAAUUAUGAGUAAGCUUUUAUUUUGUGAGUCUGUCUUUUUUUGUUUGCGUCUCUCUGUCCUGCAAUCUCUCCAGGACCAAUUUUAAUCCAAAAUCACCUUUUUUUAACCACUUUUUUUUGUUUUGUUUUUUUGUUAUAAGGUACAUUUUUCUUCCCAGUCAUGAGCACAUGCCAAAAACAGGGCACUCUAAAAUAGGAUGUAUGUACUGUACGUCGCAAAUCUCUACCCUGGAACUCCAGCGACUGAGUCUGGCGACCAUCCGGCGGAUCAGAUUCCCAGGGCGGAGCAAGCCACAGCAAACAGACAGCGGAGUGGCCCAAUCAGCGACGGGCGGACGUGAUGUUGGUAAAGCGACAAACUAGCGCGAGCGGAGAAUGGAGAAGUUUAUUCAACAUGGCUAGCACAAGACAGACUGUUGUCAAUGACUUGUGUCGAUGUGUUUUUGGUAAUUUAAAACUGAUUUUACCGCGGAUUGGAACAUAUUCUCGGCUCUCCCAUUGGCCAUCUGUGUUGUUGUGGAGACAACUUCCAAUGCACAAGAGUGACGUUUUGUGGCCCCCCUUUUGGCAGCAAUAACUUCAACCAGACGCUUCCUGUAGGAGCAGAUCAGUCUGGCACAUCAAACAGGACUAAUCUUGGCCCAUUCUUCUCUACAAAACUGCUGUAGUUCAACCUGAUUCCUGGGAUGUCUGGCAUGAAUUGCUGUCUUUAGGUCAUGCCACAGCAUCUCAAUGGGGUUCAAGUCUGGCUAUGACUUGGCCACUCCAGAACGUAUUUUGUUCUUCUGAAACCAUUCUGAAGUUGAUUUACUUCAGUGUUUUGGAUCAUUGUCUUGUUGCAGCAUCCAUCGUCUUUUUAGCUUCAACUCUCUGACAGACGGCCUCAGGUUGUCCUGCAAAACAUCCUGAUAAAUGUUUGAAUUCAUUCUUCCAUUAAUGAUUGCAAGUUGACCAGGCCCUGAGGUAGCAAAACAGCCCCAAAACAUGAUGCUCCCUCCACCAUAUUACACAGUGGAAAUGAGGUGUUGAUGUUGGUGAGCUGUUCCAUUUUUCCUCCACGCAUGAUGUUGUGUGUUACUCCCAAACAAUUCAACUUUGGUUUCAUCAGUCCACAAAAUAUUUUGCCAAAACUUCUGUAAGGUGUCCAAGUGCCUUUUUGCGAACAUUAAACGAGCAACAAUGUUUUUUUUUCAGACAGCAGUGAAUGUCAUUGAAUGCCAUGAAUAUCAUUCUUUGCCAUAGUUUUACAUAUACUUGAUGUGUGCACAGAGAUACUGGACUGUGCCAGUGAUUUCUGUAAGUCUUUAGCAGACACGCUAGGGUUCUUUUUUACCUCUCUCAGUAUUCUGCGCUGAACUCUUGGCGUCAUCUUUGGUGGACGGCCACUCCUUGGGAGAGAAGCAACAGUGCCAAACUCUCUCCAUUUAUAGACAACUUCUCUGACUGUCGAUUCAUGAACAGCCAGACUUUUAGAGAUGGUUUUGUAUCCUUUCCCAGCUUUAUACAAUUCAACAAUUCUUGAUCGCAGAUCUUCAGACAGUUCUUUUGACCGAGCCAUGAUACACAUCAGACAAUGCUUCUUAUCAAGACAAUUCUUACCAGGUGUGUGUUUUAUAGUGGGCAGGGCAGC